AUGGCCCUGUCUCCUUUCAAAGGUGGCUUCCUUCGUAAUGAAUGGGGCCACAACGGGGCCCUUACGGCAAUCUUGACUGCACUUGAGUUGCAAGUUCGGAUACGCCCGAGAUGUAGCUUCAUUCUUAUUGUAUGCCCCGAAGUCUCACUGACGGAAUGGGUGGCCAAAAUCAAGGGACGAUCUAUGCCGGUGAAGACGUGCAAAUAUCUGAUCUUGCGGCAAGCUGAGUACCCAAUCACUAAGCUACUCGAGUACGACAUCGUUAUCUGCACUGCCGAUUUCAUGACGAAGCGAUACGCAGAUUGUCUACCCUAUCUUCAUCGCCAGGCAGCAGAUCGAGCCAUGGUCGCGAGCGGAAAAGACGUACCGGAUACUGUCCUUCCGCGAAAUUAUCGUCGAGUCUAUAUGCCACUUCAUUCACGCUUGUAUGAUCCCGGGCAACUGGACAAGAAUAUUGCAGUCCUCAUACUGGACGACAGCCAUCGUAUCGGAAAGACCAACUCGGAUUUAUAUCAAGCCAUCCGGCAAUUGCGUUACCAUCACGCGCUUUUGAUCACGGCUGGCCCGAAGGACGGCAAAUCGCUUGACCUCACAAGGCAGAUGGGGCUUCUCCCCGGUGGCGGACCGUUUCUCGGUGAAGGGCAUAUGGAUCUUGUUCUUGGCACUGAGGGCAAAUCAAUCAACGAGAGAAACAGGGCUCGAAAGAAGCUUUAUGAGAGGCUUGUAUCGGCUCUGACAGUCUAG